CGGAAGCAAAGUCGAUGGGGGAGCCGCAGCGCGCUGCGAGGGAGCAAACGGGCCAGGUGCGGCAAACCACCCUGCGGACACCGCACCUGGCCCUGCGGAUGUCAGAGGAAGAGGAGGAGAUGCGGCUGCUGUCUGCCCGGUCCCCGUGCCAACAUCCCCCACUGGCACCAGCAACCCGGAGCUGCCACCCCGCCCCGCCGCUUGGCACCUGGCUGCCUGGCUUGGGGGCAGCCGCAGCGUCCCUGGCUCUGGUGGCGUGUGAUGCCCUGGGUGCCAGCCAGAUGCCCGGCGCCUGCGUGACUCCCCAAGGGAACUGCACCCGUUUCCCGUUCUUCUCGGACUUCAAGGGCCAGAACAGGGUGGCCCUGAGCGCCCUGGAGACCGCCGUCCUCUCCUGCAUCUUCCUGGUGUCCCUGCUGGUCAACGUCUGCGCCAUCUCGCUGCUGGUCAGGAAGAAGAAGAAGCUGCGCACCGCCAACUACCUGGUGCUCAACCUCUUCUGCGCGGACCUGCUCUUCAUCAGCGCCAUCCCCGUCAUCCUCGUGGUGCGCUGGACCGAGUCCUGGGGGCUGGGGGACGUCGUCUGCCACAUGCUCUUCUACGUGAUAAGCCUCAGCGGCAGCGUCACCAUCCUGUCGCUGGCGGCGGUCAGCCUGGAGCGCGUGGUGUGCAUCGUCCGGCUGCGGCACACGGCCCGCUUCAGCUGCAAGCUGCUGGCCGGGGCCCUGCUGCUCAUCUGGGGGGUCGCCGCCCUCGCCACCCUCCCGCUCUGCCUCUUCUUCAGCGUGGAGCCGCUGCUCAGGCACGGCGAGGAAGUUCAAAUUUGCACCUUGGUUUGGCCCAGCAUUGCAGGAGAAAUCUCUUGGGACGUAACAUUCACCUUUGUUGUCUUUGUAAUACCAGGAUUAGUCAUUGUGAUCAGUUAUACAAAAAUUUUACAGGUAUUUUUUUCUUAUAGUUUUAUUACAAAAUGACAUCUGGCUGGCUAGUAAUGUAGUAAUGCUAAACAGUAUAGAUUGUAUUUGCUCAAGUAUAAUAGUUUCAACUGAGAGAGUUUUGUUUCCAUUAUAAACAGCAGCGAAGCUUGAACAGUGUGUUACCAGAAACCCAAGAUAGGAGUCAGUCUUAAUUCGUACACUUUGGGGCACCUUACUUAAUAUCAUGUAUUGAUCAUAAUUAAGGGCCUAUAUAAACUUGCUAGAGAUACUGUACUAACAAACAUCUCAAACAACUGAAAAAUCACUGUUGAUCAGAUCCUGCAUUGUUUGCACCCCCAAAACUCAAAAUGGAUUCAAUGGGAGUUGUACGACAGCAAGGAAGAGCAGCCCUGGGUCAUAAAGUCCUUAAAACUGUUUUCCCCCCACUCCCUUUGAAUCUACCCUUUUCCUGCUUUAAUUAUGUGUCAUAAUUAGGGCUUCUGAUUUUAGGUUUUAACUGAUAAACACCAACACCUCAGAUACAAAAAAAUGAAAUCAGUGUUAUCCAAUAAACACCACAGAUGGUUUCUGUGGGGUGUGAUUUCUCAAGUGCAGUAACAUUUUAUUGGUCCAUGUAGACCAGGAGCUGGCAACCUUUC